AUGCCUAAAAGGCAGUUGGUGAUUCACAUCGCUCAGCAGCCACCAAGUGAAACAUGCGGACAGGGCCAAAGAGCCUCUGAGGAUUCCCCACAGAUCGGCACUAAAGAGAAUAAGCCCCCCUGGUCCUUUGGGGAAAAAUGUGACAGGAAGAAAUCUGAGCAGCUUCACAGGGAAAUCCGCUGCUCCUCCAGCUUCACGUACUCCUCCGCCUCCUUCUCCACCUCGUCCUCCUCGCCGUCCAUCUCGUCUCUCUCCCAGCCCUCGCCGUCCACCGGCUCCUUCUUCUGUUUGCUCCUCCACUUCCUGUGGUUGAGCUGGGCCCUGAGACGAGCGAUCUCCAUCUGGAACUCACGCAGCAGGGCGUCUUUGGGGUCUUCGUUGACCCUGGGCUGGUUCUGGAUGUUCUUGGCCCGGGAGGCCGGGCCCAGCGUGGCGACCAUGACGGUUUUGGCGUUCCCGCCCAAAGAGUCCUGCAGCAGCCUGGUCAGCUUUGAGUCCCGGUAUGGCACGUGCCCGCUGCGCCCAUCUGCUAACGCUGAGAUCACGUUCCCCAGGGCCGACAGAGAGAGGUUAAUCUUGGCGGCUUCUUUCAGGCGCUCUCCCUGGACGCCGGUCUUGGUUUGCCGCUCGCUGCCUGCCAGGUCCACCAGGUUGAGGCGCCCCACUCGAAUGUGCUUCCUCCCAUCUGGUCCGGGCUGGCUGCACUCCACCGUGAUCAGGAACAAGGCGUGGGACCUGGACGAGUGCUCGUUCAUGUCCGUGGCUCCCACCGCCCUCGCCUGA